AUGUAUGUGAAAUGGUUUGAUACAGUAAUGUUUUACAAUGUUAUUUUAGUGAAUUUAGUGAAUGUCACUUUUUGUCAUUUUCAAAUUUCCCGCCGUUCUAUCCCCCGUACGUCCUGACGUCGCAGGGAACGGAACCCAGAAGACAGAUGCUGGCAUCCGCCGGAGGACAUUGCUGGGGACACUGCAGGAGGGACAUCGCGGGAGCGCAGAACAAGGUAAGAGAAGAACAGAUCCCGGAGCAGUGCCGCAUGGUAAGCCCGAGUGUAGCUCGGGGUUACGGCUUGUGCUACAGUCAGGAAUACCGCCAGGGAGGCUACUA